AUGGAGCUAGGCAGCUGGUCGAACGGGGCUCGUCUGCUGCUCCACCUGUCCGCCGCCGGUCACCUGGGCUACGCCGUAUACUACGACUACCGAUACGCGCAGUUGCCAAAACUGGCGGUGACCCUGCGCCUCGAAACACCGCUGUGGGGCAAAUUCAAGUACAUCACCUUUCUGGGUGGCCUGGUCCAAUGUGGUUACUAUGCCCUGGCGCUGGCCUACGACCUCUUUCGGGUGCGAUCUCUGAGGAACCUGCGCGACUACAUAUUGGCCACCUUUGUGGUCCCACUGGCCCUCACUGUGAGUCUGACCUUUUGGACACUGUAUGCGAUCGACCGAAAUGCGGUAUAUCCGGAUCUGCUGGACUUAAUCUACCCGAGAUGGCUGAACCACGCCACGCACACCUUCGUCGUGGUCUACGCCCUCGCAGAGUUGGGCAGCACUCGCCACAGAUAUCCGGAACGAAGUCGGGGAUUCGCCGGACUGGCUGCCUUCAUGGCUGGAUACCUGGUGUGGAUUCACUACAUUUGGUUCAGGACCGGCAUCUGGGUGUACCCCUUCCUGGGGGGCAUCGACUGGUACCUCCGCGUCCUCUUCUUCGCCCUGAUUAUGGUCCUCGGAUUUGUUUACUAUCUGCUUGGCGAGCACGUCAACCGAGUGCUUUGGGUGUGAGCCACCGGCGAUCACAGGUGGAGUGGCAGCAAUUGAAAGUAUUUUCCGGCUUUAUAACUGGAUAGAAUAUGAUAGAAACUAGGAUUGCUCUACAAUAUUUGUUUCUGUGUAAGUGGAAAUCAGCAAUAGUCCCAAUAUUACAUCUGUAUGCUAGGCUUAUCGUCGAUUCUUAACAAAGAACUCAUAUUAAAUUGCGUUUUAAGGCGACAGAAGGGCACCCUAAAUAAUUCUUGAGAUGGUUUUGUUUUUAUUCUUUAUUUUUAAACAAAAUAUUAUGUUAUCUUUCUUUCUAUAAUAGUCUUGCUAUAAUUUUUAAACUUUUCAAAAAUAUUUCGUAUACUGUUUUAGAUUCAUAUUCGAAAGUUUUUCUUAGCAACAAAUAUUAUAAAUAAAACUAACAGAGUCUUGAGUCUAUAAUAAAAUUAAAGCCAGUUGCCCAACAAAAUCAAAGUCAUCAAAUUUAUGAAAGUCAGUGGGAAACGGAAGUCGCACUGUGGUUUACAAAAUCUCUGAUCAUCGAAAAACCAGCUGUAAAGUAAAGAAUCCAUUUGAAACCUAACUUAUUCAUCUCACAAUUUUAUUAUAGUCACGUGCGGAAAUUUCAGCUGUCAGCUGAUUUUGGAAAACUCAGCCAUUGUUUUACUCAAUCCUUUCAGCGGGAGGUUCCGGUUUGGCCAGGACAUGAUCUCUGCAUUCCGAAAAAUUCAGGACUUGUGCUAAUAUCUCGAAAGUGAGCACCAACAGCCUACACUCAUUCAAGAAAAAGGGACUGUUUUCUAUUGUUUGCUGCAGAGGCAGAUGGGUAUUAGCCCAUUCUUGUCAUCCAGU